AUGGCCGCCCUGUACCAGAGCGCGGACCCGUCCCCCUCGGCCUCCCCCAACAAGCUGCUGGCGCUGAAGGACGUGAGGCAGGUGAAGGAGGAGACCACCCUGGACGAGAAGCUCUUCCUGCUGGCCUGCGACAAAGGUGACUAUUAUAUGGUUAAGAAACUUUUGGAGGAGAACAGUUCAGGUGACAUGAACAUAAAUUGUGUGGAUGUGCUUGGAAGAAAUGCUAUAACCAUUACAAUAGAAAAUGAAAACUUGGACAUACUACAACUUCUUUUGGAUUAUGGCUGUCAGUCAACAGAUGCACUUUUGGUGGCAAUUGACUCAGAAGUGGUGGGAGCAGUUGAUAUAUUACUUAAUCAUCGACCAAAACGAUCCUCAAGGCCAACUAUUGUUAAACUUAUGGAGCGUAUUCAGAACCCAGAGUACUCAACUACUAUGGAUGUAGCACCUGUCAUUCUAGCUGCUCAUCGUAACAACUAUGAGAUCCUUACUAUGCUGUUAAAACAGGAUAUAUCUCUACCCAAACCUCACGCUGUUGGCUGUGAAUGCACAUUGUGCACUGCAAAGAACAAAAAAGAUAGCCUACGGCAUUCCAGAUUUCGUCUUGACAUCUAUCGUUGUUUGGCCAGUCCUGCUUUAAUAAUGUUGACUGAAGAGGAUCCAAUCCUGAGAGCUUUUGAACUUAGUGCAGACUUAAAAGAACUAAGUCUUGUUGAAGUUGAAUUCAGAAAUGAUUAUGAGGAACUAGCCCAACAAUGCAAAACUUUUGCUAAAGAUUUGCUUGCUCAGGCUCGGAACUCACGAGAGCUGGAAGUUAUCCUAAAUCAUACAGCUAGUGAUGAGCAUGUGGACAAACGAGGAUUGUUAGAAGAGAGGAUGAAUUUGAGUCGCCUAAAACUUGCUAUCAAAUAUAAUCAAAAGGAGUUUGUUGCCCAGUCUAACUGCCAGCAGUUUCUCAAUACUGUGUGGUUUGGACAGAUGGCGGGUUACCGACGCAAGCACACGUGUAAGAAGAUUUUGACUGUUUUGACAGUUGGCAUCUUUUGGCCAGUUCUGUCAUUCUGUUACUUAUUAGCCCCUAAAUCUCGAGUAGGUCGAAUAAUUCACACUCCUUUUAUGAAGUUUAUUAUUCAUGGAGCUUCAUAUUUCACAUUUUUGCUGUUACUUAAUUUGUAUUCAUUGGUCUACAAUGAGGAUAAGAAGAAUACAAUGGGGCCAGCACUUGAGAGAAUAGACUAUCUUCUGAUAAUAUGGCUUAUUGGAAUGGUGUGGUCAGAUGUCAAAAGACUUUGGUAUGAUGGCCUAGAAGACUUUUUAGAAGAAUCUCGUAAUCAGCUUAGUUUUGUCAUGAAUUCCCUCUAUUUGGCAACCUUUGCUCUCAAAGUAGUUGCUCAUAACAAGUUCCAUGAUUUUGCUGAUAGAAAAGACUGGGACGCAUUCCAUCCUACACUGGUGGCAGAAGGUCUCUUUGCUUUUGCUAAUGUUCUUAGUUACCUUCGACUGUUCUUCAUGUAUACAACCAGCUCUAUCCUAGGACCACUUCAGAUUUCAAUGGGGCAGAUGUUGCAAGACUUUGGAAAAUUCCUAGGGAUGUUUCUUCUUGUCUUGUUCUCAUUCACAAUUGGAUUGACCCAACUGUAUGACAAAGGAGUUACUGAAAAGGAAGAGAAGGACAAGGACUGUGCAGGAAUCUUCUGUGAACAGCAAAGCAAUGACACAUUCCAUUCGUUUAUCGGUACCUGUUUUGCUCUGUUCUGGUACAUCUUUUCCCUAGCACAUGUAGCAAUCUUUGUCACGAGAUUUAGCUAUCGUGAAGAAUUGCAGUCUUUUGUGGGCGCUGUUAUUGUUGGUACAUACAACGUAGUGGUUGUGAUUGUCCUUACCAAGCUCUUAGUUGCAAUGCUUCAUAAAAGUUUUCAGCUGAUAGCAAAUCACGAAGACAAAGAAUGGAAGUUUGCGCGUGCCAAGCUUUGGCUUAGCUACUUUGAUGACAAAUGCACGCUACCUCCACCUUUCAAUGUCAUUCCUUCUCCUAAGACUAUCUGCUAUCUCUUCAACAGCCUUAGUAAAUGGAUCAGCUCUCAUACUACUACUGGCAAAGUCAAACGUCAGAAUAGCCUGAAGGAAUGGAGAAAUCUGAAGCAAAAGAGGGACGAGAACUACCAAAAGGUGAUGUGUUGUUUAGUCCAUCGUUACUUAACCUCCAUGAGACAAAAGAUGCAAAGCAUGGAUCAAGCAACCAUGGAAAAUCUCAAUGAAUUACGGCAAGAUUUAUCAAAAUUCCGAAAUGAAAUGAGGGAUCUACUUGGCUUUCGGACAUCUAAAUAUGCUAUGUUUUAUCCAAGAAACUAAGGCCCAGUUUUUAAAAGGAUCAUGUUUAACUUUAGGUAUACCCACAGUUGACAGUGAUGGCUUAUUUCUGUUGCCAGACCAAACAGAAAAGCAGGUUUUUUGCACAACAUAAAAUUUGAAACUGUAUCUGCAUGAGUUUCAGCUAAGUUGAAAAGAUGUUACUAUGUCAUUCCUGUAAAGCUCUUUAAGUAUGUAAUGUACAGUAUGUAAAAUAUGUAUAUAGCAUUUUACACUAAAUGUUACCCAAAAUGUGGAUUUUGACAAAGUCACUUUAGCUGUUGGUCUACAGGUCUUCGGAGCUGGCAUGUUUUAUUUCCCCUAUUUUUUGCUCUUUUUUUUCCCCCCUCUUAGUUUUUUUUUUCUUUUUUUCUCCAAGUUGUGGGAAAAGAUGGAGAUUUUAACAAUACUUAAAAAUAAACCUGGUGCCUUCUUAAUAGAAAUUUAACCAGUAUGAUUUAAACUAGUUUGCAAUGGAAAUUUAAAGACUGCAUGAUUGUAUAGGUGCCAGAUUUUGUACAUGAUGUACUGAAUAUUAACAACUGUAAAACAUUGGGAAAUCAAUUUUGUGAUUUGUUCCCUGAAAAUUGCAGGGUAGUGGGGAUGUUUAAAUCUUGGACAUAGAGCCAAAGUAAGCUAUCCAUCUCCAGAACCUUAAUGGAUUCAUUUAAAAUAGUCAAGGCCUCUAAAUAACACACAAAGAUUUUUUAGGUAGCACUCUGUGUGCCAUAUGCAACUCUUGGGGUUUGGGAUUUUUUUUUUUUAAAUAGCCUCUUAAUUUUGAGUAGUGUUCAGAAAUACUUGUAUCUGCAUUACACAUCAUUGGCAUAGGAAAACAUUUUUUUAACAGGAAUUAGAUAUGGCUCUAGAGCAUAAAUGUUAUUUGUUUGCCAGGCUAAAUAUUUUUUUUAUUAAAACAAAUGGAAAUACUGUACAAUUAUUUCUGUGUAAGAACAUACGUUAUUCUUAUGAAUUGGAAGAUGUGCGUUCAGAAGAUUUUGGUUUGGGGUAUAAUUAUACCACAACUGGGAAUGAGUUUUCCAGCACAAUAGACAGGCUUGCUAAAAGUAGCAGCACAGCUGUGGGUAGCAUAGGUUGGGGCUUGGGCUAACUAUUCAAGUAUGUAUCUAGGAAGCUCACAUAAUUUUGUACUCACAACUAGCCCAGCCCAAGUUGUUGCCCAUGUUACAUCAGCUACUUCUAGUAUGCUGGCUUGAGCAGAGCUAGUGCUUGUCUAUCUGUGUUGAAGUACCCUCUCAGCUGCAUUGUGAAUGUUCUUUGAGAGACUUUUUUCAUAUCCUGUUUUAAAUGUAUCUUGAUAUUUUGUGUUCUUUCUGAAUUUACCGCUUCCAACUGCAAGGUGUUUAUAUCAUAAUUAUUUGUGAUUUUAAUUCUGCUUAUAAAGGAAAGUAAGAA